AUGUCACUCCAGAGUGCGGCAGACGUGCCGCUCCUCAUUAGCUCCCCAAAUUCGUCCUCGGAGCGCCGUAUUUCUCCGUCUUGGAGCAUUGCUCAACUCAAGGCACGCCUCGAGCCCAUCACCGGUGUCCCCGCAAGCAGUCAACAGUUGUCGCUGCGCGUUGGCUCUCAGGAUGCCGUCGCUCUCAUCGCUCCGGAUGAGGAACAGACGCGUCUUGCUGCCUUCCCGCUGCAACCGUAUGCGGAGAUAACCGUCGUUGACACACGUCCUCCCGCUGCACGAACUGACUUUACCGAUCUGUCGUCCGUCGAGAAGUACGAAAUGCCUGCUGCAGAGUACGAGCAUCGGACCGAUAGUGUUCUUGCAUGGAAGAAGGCGCAGAAACUGGGUCGUUUCGACCCAGAUGCUCCUAGUAUUGAGCAGCAGAAGAUCCGCGCCUCAGAGCGGGAAGUAGAAGAAAGAGGUAAGCCGCAUGAUUUCCCGCAUGUCCCACCUCACCGUUGA